GCUGCUUGCAGCUUUAAUUUUUUUUAUUAUUUCCAACAAACGCCUGUGCAUUCUUUUGAAAAAUAAACCGGAAGUGUAAGAUAGGAGGGUGUGUGACUUUCCCUCCCCUUCCACGGGUCUGCCAUUCGUAGAAGCAGCCUCGCAUUGGAGGAUAGGAUGGUACCUUGAGGAGAAAUUCGCUGUUGGACCAGCGGCCCCGUCCAUUUCACUCUGGGUGCAGAUUCAAUAGUUUGCUCUGAGCGGGAUCGGCAAACAGUAGCGUUUCCAGCUGCAUCUGCGUGACCUUGCGCUGACUGUAAUAUCAGAGGGAUUUCAGAAAGCAGCCGCGCGGUAAGGUCGUUACCAUGGAGAUUGUCAAGCAUUUAAUAAACGACACCAUAGAGUUCUACAAAUGGACCCUGACUAUUGCAGAUAAGCGAGUGGAGAAAUGGCCUCUGAUGGACAACCCGCUCCCCACGCUGGCUAUCAGCAGCUCCUAUCUGCUCUUCCUGUGGCUGGGCCCCAAAUACAUGAAGAACAGAGAGUCUUUCCAGCUCCGCAAGACGCUCAUUGUUUACAACUUCAGCAUGGUCUUCCUCAACUUCUUCAUCUUUAAAGAGCUCUUUAUGGCAGCUCGGGCAGCACAGUACAGUUACAUAUGUCAACCUGUGGACUACUCUGACGAUCCGAAUGAAGUUAGGGUGGCAGGAGCUCUCUGGUGGUAUUUCAUCUCCAAAGGCAUUGAGUACCUGGACACAGUGUUUUUCAUUCUGAGGAAAAAGUUCAACCAGGUCACCUUCCUGCACGUCUACCACCACUGCACCAUGUUCACGCUCUGGUGGAUCGGCAUCAAGUGGGUGGCCGGAGGACAGUCAUUCUUUGGUGCACACAUGAAUGCACUGAUCCACGUCUUGAUGUAUCUGUAUUACGGCUUGGCCUCCUGUGGACCGAAGAUCCAAAAGUACCUGUGGUGGAAAAAGUACUUGACCAUCAUUCAGAUGGUCCAGUUCCACGUCACCAUCGGCCACACCGCCCUGUCGCUGUACGUCAACUGCGACUUCCCCCACUGGAUGCACUACUCCCUCAUCUGCUACGCCAUCACCUUCAUCGUCCUGUUCGGCAACUUCUACUACCAGACAUACCGCCGCCAGCAGCCCGCACGCCGCGACGCCGCCUCCUCUUCGAAGGCGGGCAAGGCCGUCCCCAACGGCAACCUGAACGGCCUGAGCAGAGCCGCCAACGGAGCGCCGCUGAUGGGGAGCAAAGAGGAGAAGCCCCAGGAGAACUCUGGCAGGAGAAAGAGGAAAGGACGUGCUAAAAGAGAUUAGACGGGGGAGGUGAGGCGAAAGGUGGGCUGGGGUCUCUACUCGAAACAUGAAACACUUAAUUUGAGGAGGAUUUAGACGGACGUGUUCGGGUAAGGUUCAUUUCUUUAAGUCAUGUCGACCUGAGUUGUUCUUGAUAAAAAUAAUUAAAAAAAAAAAAGAGAUCUUCUGUGGGAGGGAAUUGAUCUGUUUAACAGUAGGGGUCAAAGGUCAGACGAGAGAUGGCCACUAAUAACCCAAAAAUAUCGUCGAGGGGGGUUUGGAUAUAUCGUAUUAUUCUGUCUUUUUCAUCGUGGUUUAGAUCUGGUACGAAAAGGAGCAUUAAGUUUCCCCGACAUAGAGAAUGAGAAGGAAACGUCUCACGGAUCCAUCUCGGCGGUGCCGCAGCAGCUCCUUCAGAGGAAGUCUGAGGCUGUAAAUAGCAAACACUGUAAUGAGACAGGAAUACAGAUGGCAACACACGCACAAACGUUUCAGUUUCUACUUGAACUUAGAGUUUGUUUGUUCAUCGUCUUUUUAGCUAUAAAAAUGACAACAAUGUCGUUUUGUCCUCCUUUUCCAAGCUCGUUGAAAAUGAGACAUCUUUAGAUUUAUUUGUUUAGAUGUGUUUUUUUUUUUUUAAAUCACUGUUCACUUUCAUGUAGGGAAUCUAACUUUGAGAAUGCCAUCUAUUUACACGCAGCAAAGAGUAAAAAUGUACAUAGAAACAAAAAAAGAAACGAGAGUGGGAUGAUGUUCCGUCUUUGCUCACCAGGCGGGAUAACGAUCGUCUGCUUUGUCUGUAUAUCACUAGCACUGAUUUUUGUAUAUCCAUACUUGUUUGUCAUGUGAUGAAAUGUUACCAAUGUUCUCUGAUGAGAUUCUCUGUCCCCCCCCUUUUGACAGAAAAACGGGUGGAUUUUUGUUGUUUGACAUGUUUUCCUGUCUUUUUUUUUAUAUUAUAAAUUUUCCUCAUCUCGCGGUUUUGUCUUGGAACCGGGAAGGAAGGCGGCGGCGCGGUUCUGGGUUCGCUUUUGCGUUUACACGGAUUUUGGGUCUCUGUGACUACCUUUUAGCACUGCUUCUCUUCUAAUAAAAUAUCUUUGAGCUUCUCUUCUGUUUGCAGCCAAACGCUCAGGCUUCCUUUCAUGCCCUGAGCUAAGUUGAAUGUAAAUUUAUCUACAAAAGACUCGGAUUGAAAGAGGCGGGCAGCCCUUUCCCUCUUUUCAGUCCAAGUCUGUCUUCUAUUUAAAACUAGAGCUGGUGACAGGUAUGUUAUUUUACUUUAAGGAAAAGAAAAAAAAAAACAACUUUGCAUUGCC